CAUCAAUUGAUAUCUGUAGAGGUACUUUGCCAGCCCCACUAACCCAAAAAGAGCAAUCUCCGUCCGCAACACCUCUGCGGACAAAGGGUACACAUAACACGCCCAACAAAAAAAGAUCUCUCAAUACUUCCGUCUCCCAUGACAACGCCCACCGGGCCAAAGUCAUCAUCUCGUCGCAGCAGUAACACACGACGCACAGUAAUUUAUCCGGUGCCAUUACAGCCAUGCAUAUUACCCGCUCGCUCGGCGUCAUAGAGGGGCAGAACUCCACCCCUCCACCAGAUGGGUGCCAGAGUGCCCCUCGCGCGCGCGCGACCAACGCGCGUGGGAUGCAGGAGCUAGGAAUUGCGGCUGAGUUCAAGGGAAAAUCUCUGUAUGCUCAAGCGGGUGCUAAAGUGCCUGGUAGACUGGCAUGACCCCGGCCAACGCCAAUUGCGCAUACCGGUGGUAACUAGGGAUGAUGGGUUGAGAUGGAUGAGUGGAUGAAUGCACGCUGCUGCCGCCAGAAGCCUGCGGGUGCCUUGCCUAUACAAUCUAGGCGGGCCAUUCUUUGCCAUUGUGUUUCGCCUCUGCUUUCUUCUAUUUAAUUACGACCGCGUCCCCCCACUCUCGUUCUCCCUCUUCUCUCUUGUAUAUACCCCCUCUUUGAUCUUAUCUCAAUACCGCAACCAUGGUCAACGUUCCCAACAUUGAGCUCAACGAUGGCAACAAAAUGCCUGUCGUGGGAUUUGGUUUAUGGAAGGUUUCUAAUGACACUUGCGCGGAGCAGGUCUACAAUGCCAUCAAGACCGGAUACAGGCUAUUCGAUGGAGCUUGCGACUAUGGAAACGAGGUUGAGUGCGGUCAGGGAGUCGCCCGUGCCAUCAAGGAGGGCAUCGUAAAGCGUGAAGAGCUCUUCCUCGUCUCCAAGCUCUGGAACUCCUUCCACGACGCCGACCAGGUCGAGCCCAUCACCAAGAAGCAGCUCGCUGACUGGGGGAUCGACUACUUCGACCUGUACCUCAUCCACUUCCCCAUCUCCCUCGAAUACGUGUCCCCCGAGACCCGCUACCCCCCUGGGUGGUACUACGACGGCGAGUCGGAGGUGCGUCAUGGCAAGACCUCGCUUGAGAGCACAUGGAAGGCGAUGGAGGGAUUGAAGAAGAGCGGACUCGCCAAGUCGAUUGGUGUCUCCAACUACAGCGGAGCCCUCCUCUUGGACAUGUUCACCUACGCCGAGAUCAAGCCCGCUACCCUGCAAAUCGAGCACCACCCCUACUUCGUACAGCCCAACCUCAUCAAGCUCGCUGAACAGCACAAGAUUGCUGUCACUGCUUACUCCUCUUUCGGUCCUCUCAGCUUCAUUGAGUGCGACAUGAAGGUUGCUGAAGAUACCCCAACGCUCCUCGAGCACGAUAUCAUCAAGAAGGCCGCCGAGAAGCAUGGCAAGACCCCCGCACAGGUUCUCCUCAGGUGGGCCACUCAAAGGGGUUUGAGCGUUAUCCCCAAGAGCAACUCGCCCAAGAGACUGGCUGAGAACCUCGAUGUCACGAGCUUUGACUUGACUUCUGAUGAGAUCUCCCAGAUCUCCGACUUGGACCGCGGUCUCAAGUUCAACGUCCCCACCAACUAUGGAAUCCCCAUCUACGUCUUCGCAUAG